AUGUCAGGCAAUUACCCAAACAAUCGUAUAAGAGAAACCAUCAUCAAUAUAACUAAUCAGCAAUCAUUGCCUUAUUCUGACGGAGAAAAUGAGCUACAAGGAGAAAUGCCGGCACCUCCACUGUCGUCAAAACGCAAUAACCAGGCACAAACAUCUCCAAAAGUUGAGGAGAUUCGCAAAAUGAUUCGGCACAUAUUGACCAAGCUUGGGAAACGAAAGCGACCUGCACCUUCAAUCGCUCAUCUAGGCGAGCAGUUACGAUCUAACAAUGUCUCGACCCAGUUUGAAAACGAAGAUACAGUAGAGUUGCUUUUUCGAUUGAGAGAGGUGCUUUUACUUUGUCAAGACAUGGAUGAAAAACUAGGUAUUCAGAUACUUACCCAAAGGUUAAUAGGAUAUAGAAAACAAAACUCAAUGGCUCUGCUGAGUAGUGAACGAACACCAAGCAACUCUCCAGCAUCCUCGAGAUCAAAUUCCCCAGUCCCUUCACCAAAGUCUGCCGUGCCCUCUCGAUCGUUUGAGGCAUCACCCACAAAUGCACAUAACUCUACUAUAAAAAAAGAAUCAAGAGUUGAUUUUGAAAAGAUCCUUUUUCUUCUUGACGAAUUAGUCAUCAAUGACUGUCGCUAUAAAUCGGCAAACCCUAAACCAACCCAACCACCAUAUAUGAUGCAGUCAGUGCUUGUGGAUAUUGCAAUAAUUCUGGUUAAUAUUCGCUCAGACUCAGUGGGCUUAUAUAACAUUGGUGCAACCAUGCUUCCUGCAUUUGAGACAUUUAACGAUGGUGCCCUGGCUGGAAAGCUUUUGUCAUUUUUCAUUGACAUAUUACUUCCAAAGUUAAUGGCCUGUAAAGAAGAGUCAAAGUCACGCGGGGACAGGUUUCCAUCGCGCAGAAAGCAGCAACCUUCUACUUAUAAUAGUGUUACAGUCCCAUCCACAAAACAUCAACACACCCAAAGCGUAACACCUACGAUUAACAUUCAAAGUGCCGACGUGGAAGAUAAUACCGACAAAGAGCAUACCCAACCUGUCCGAUCAUCUAAUCUAACUAUCGAUACUCGUCUAUCCCAAUCCCAAACCCAGUCCCCUAUGAACCCACGUUCUCCCGGAGGACCGCCACGAUCUCCUGCAAUACAAAGCCAAUACAGUCACCAACAACUUAUGGAAACACACCAUGCCUACGCAUUAUUUACACCUUUACUCUUUUUCAUGAUCCAAUACCUUAACCCAUAUCUUUCAUCCUCUCGCGCCGGUACACAAACCAAUUUAUCGGCCGCGAUUUCUCGCCAGUCUUCUUCUAUCAACAAUUUUCAUUGUGCUCUACGUUUCAUGAUUGCUACAAAACCUGAUUUGUAUUUCGAUAUCCUUGACGUUAUUUCCCAUAGUACCCCGGAGGUCAAGUUUCGAGCAUGUCAGGUUCUGUUCCAUUAUUACAAUAUCGGUGUCGGCCAUGUCUCCGUAGCAGAGCCACUUCCAAAACUAGGCAUCGUGGAAGAAAUUGCUAUCCUAGAAAGAAACAGAAAACGACAAGAAUUUGAGAGCAUUAGACAACAAGAGCAACAACAGUCAGACCCUACCUUCUUGGAGACAAUGAUCGGCACAAAUGUCGCUGGAAUAAACCGAAAAUACCGCAACGGAGCCGGUGGAAAUACAAGGUCCCCACAGCUAAACCACAGAGGAAGUGGCACAUCAGACUCUAACGAUGAUGACUACAAUGAUGAUUUUCAUGUUUGGUACCCUCAUAUGUUCACAAAACCUUACAGCCAAACAGAAUCUGGGGAACAAAGUACUCAGCAAAUUCCAAAUGCUACAUAUAUUCCUGAUUCUGGAGUAAUAGAUUAUGCAAACGGGUCUUAUUGUAAUGAAUGCUACAAAGAAAUGGAAGAUUAUGGACUGAGGUGCUACCAAUGCAAAUGCAAUGUUCACUACAAUUGCUUCAACCAACGUAUGGCAACCAAUGAUCUCGACAUAAUGCUUUAUGUUAAAGAAGGCGGGGUGCAAAAGGUUGUCAGCCCUCAGUUCUGUCAUAUUCCACCACAACCUCGCUUCUCACAUCUGCAUGGCAAUGAACAUGGAGGAUAUGGUGUGUGUGCAGCGCAGGUGGAUAUAUUUGGUCAUCAUUUUCAUCUUGUCAACUUGUAUACUAUUAUGCUAUGUGCUUCUUGCGUGCUUCCAUUGUGGGGAAUUUCACAGCAGGGCUAUCGAUGUUCAACAUGCAACCGUUUUAUUCAUCCAGAAUGCCUAGCACAGGCCAAGAGAGAUAGAAAUACGAAUAACCAACACUCAAUACUCCAUACUUGUCAACCUUAUAAGUCACUCCUGGAAAGCGAUACAAAGAUCACACAGAAAGAACUUUCCAAACAAUUGUUUUCAUUUUAUGGUAACCUUGUUCCUAAAGGAGAGAAUGAACUAAUGGGCCGAAGCUUUGAAGAAGUGGGAACCGUGUUGAAUGUUUUACUACUACAAGAGAACAUACUUCAUUGCGGAGUCGCUGCUGGAUGCUUGUUGGUAUGCUACUUGUCGGAUGAUCCACUCACGUCAAACACAAGAGAUAGCGGGGCUCUCACCUUUGCUCAGCCAUGCCCUGCCUUACGACGGGGCAUCGAAUUAUGCAUAACAUAUCUUGAAUCAGGAAGCUGCAAAGGAUCUUCCUUUCUCAGUGAUUUCUACAGCAACAGACAUCACAGCCUUGGAGAGUGGAUGUUGAGUAAAGAGGAUUAUUUGUCCCAUCUUGCUGCCAUGAUGAAGUCGUUAGCCAAGUCUUCUAAUGAAGGAACGAUCCAGUCUGUGAUCCAAACCGCUUCAGAGGUCAAACGCAGAUCAGCAGGAGAUGCCCGAGGAUUCCUUCAAGUCGUUCCAAAUCCAUUCACAGAACGUUGGAAUGAUGAUGAUGACUUUGAUGACGAAUCUUGCCUACCUCAAGAAAUUAUGGAACGAUCUGCUAUGUUAGCUUGGCUUAUGGAGAACCUGCACUUGAAAAGCAAAAAGACCGGGGAGAUUAUGCUACAGCACAUGUGUAAUCUUGGUCUCUUUGAACGAAAGGAUGCAGCACCUAUCCUUUUCACUUCUGACACCACUGCCACCGGAUCUUUUUUGCAAAGCCCCCACUCUUUACCACUGUCAUCUGAAAAUGAACCUGUUCAAUGUGUUUUUCCAGUACCAUUUGCAAUAGACUGCUCACCAACAGUCGAAACAUUGAUUAACAGCAUAGAAGCAUGUUUUGAUGAUAUUGAUAUCACACUGAAUGAGUGUGGCAUGCUUCUUCUGGUCCGACGUUGUUGGCCUGAUCCGUUCAUGUCACGUUACACAACCGAUAGACUUAUCCACGCAAUUUUAACUUGGAUAUUUCAAGAAGACGAAAAACUGUCAACAUUACAUGCUCAAUAUAUAUCCAAUAAGCACCAGAUUCCUGGUGUCCGGCAGAACAGGUAUACACACGCAGCUCAACUGGCUCUUCUAUCAAGGACAAGAGGAUUGGCAGGAGAGAAACAGCGCCAAAGCAUCGCCUUUGGUACGACAGCUGGAAUGAGUAACGGUACUGGAAGUGCGUAUGUAACCAUACGCACAGCCCUAAGAGAUCGAUAUGUCUUCCCUUGGUUAGCAGCAGUACAUUCUAUGGAUCCAAGUAUGUAUGCAUCGAUACUAUCUGAUACUAUUGAACGAAUUGUGGACGGAAGACGAGAAGAGUGCAUGAUUCCCGAGUGGAUGGAACAACAAAACCACAAGAAAACCACAUCUCGAAGAUAUGAUGAAUACAUGGGGUACAUAUUGAAACUAAAGCUUGGUGGUUUAACCUUCAGCAGUCAAGAUUAUAUGCUUGAAAGAUGGCUUAAUAAGGCAUACGACGACUUUGAAGCCACAGGAGUAUUAAAGGAUAAUGAGCCUGUCGAUGUAUCUAAUCUUGCCAGGCUCUGCUCAACGAAAAACGUAGCAUCGAAAUAUUCUGCAGCACCAUCUGUAGUAUCAGACUCAACCCAUCCCUACGAUACAAUCACGAAUCUGUUUGAAACAAAAGAUAUUGAAAGUAUUGAUCAAGGCAUUCGCUGGCUGACUCUUUUCAUGCAUUCUGGGUUUGUUACACUACUAAUUGGAAUAUCUUCAGAAGCUUUAUCAAAAAUAUCAAGAUUAUUGAUCGCAGCCGGUGCAUCUAUCAGAACACUCGCAGAAUUCCUUAAGCUAGUUUGGUUCCAAGCUGUUAAUGUACUCAAGAUUACUACGUCUCGUGCUGCCAUUAUUGACAUUGUUGGAUACAUUAAUGAAAAAACAUCGGGAUCACUAUUUUCUCUCAAUGAGACUCCAAAUUUACCAACUGAACGUUUGGCCAGUACACAAAAAUUUGUAAAAUAUUCUGUAGUACUGACAUGCUUUGCUUACAAUUGUCCAUUGGCCAAUAUUACUGAGCUUGAUAUUGUUCCAUACUUUGGGGACCAUGUUGCCAGAGUAAUGCGGACAAAACGUGCUUCUCUUGACAAAGAUAAUACUUCCCCAAUGCGUGCAGAUGAGAACACUCCUAUAAUUCGCUGUAUGAUUAAGUAUCUUCGAUACGACCAAAUUAAUGUUCGUACAGAUGUAAUCAAGAUGUUCUACGCUUUAAUAUACUGGGGAUUUGGAAUAAGUAAUAAAUCGGAUUUUGCUACCAAAUGCAUGUCAGCCCUUAUACCAGCGAUUUGGGAAAUGUUGCCUCCGAACCACGAUCAUAUUAGUGACAUAAAUCUUAACUUACUGAUGAAACUUCUCAGUAUAGACGUACGUUACUUCCAGGCGUGCGUUUAUGAGAUAUUUGAAGACUCGAACUGGGAAGUCAGAUAUAAAGGACUGGAUCAUCUUUAUGGACUAUUCACAAAAAUGGAUUAUGCUUUCCAGACAAAGUGGUUACAAAUGUUGACACAUCUUGGCCCUGUAUUCAGUUAUUUCGUUGGGUGUUUAUGGGACAAAGAAGAAAAUGUUCGCUCAAAGACCUUUGCGCUCAUUCGUACUUUCGGUACAUUGCAUCUUCGCUCAGCAUUCUGGUGCUGGGAGGCAUAUUUUAUGGCAGCAUCAGACCGCCAAAAAAUACCCUUGGUUAGCCUCAUGAUAAAUCUUCAUGCUAUAUUCCCAGAGUGGCAGGUCCUACAAUGGGAGGCACUACUUGGUGCUCUUGAGAUGAAGCGGUCCGAUAAAUCCGAUACCCGAUCCCUGGAUAUUUUGGAUCAUUACAUGCGCUCAGACCACAGCACAAAAGAUAAAGAUCAUGAUGAUUCUGCUUCUGAGAUUGCUGCCGACUCAGAAAAUUCAAAAGUUCUUAUGCUUUCUCUUGCACUUCAGAUGCUGAGUAAUCAUAUAAGCAUUACCCCUACACAAAUAUCCAGGUUUAAACUAAUUUUGGUUGAGCAAAUGGGAUUUAAUAACUGUCGCCGGUUCGAAAACGCUGCAGAUGAGUACGUGGUUACAUUUGGAGAAUUUUGCUAUGAUCCAAAAGAUCCGUCUCAAGAUGCCAUGAUGAUAUCAACCUCUCGUGGUUUGAAGAAGGUUAUGGAUAGUUUUUCACCACUUCCGGCUGAAACAGUAGCAUCGAUGCCGUCUGAUGUCUUGGAGCAAAAUAGACUAAAAUUGACCGAAAACAGUAGCCCAGGCAUUCAUUUCAUUGAUGUGGUGUUGAAAAUGUUCAACUCUUCUGUUGACUUGACAAAGGUCAGCCAUAUAAUUGUAAAAGCAUGGCUUGAAAUAAUCCUGAUAGUCGUCUACAAGCAUAACAUUUUAGUACACGAAUAUGAGCUCAGUGUCGUGAACUGCAUGAAACAAAUCAUCGAACUUUUAAUCAAGGAAAUAAGCGAAGAAAACAAGCUAUUGAUUCUUGAGAUUUUAAAGUGUCUUCUUCGACGAUCGGAUCAUUUGACUGCCAUGAUUCUUCUAAAGCAAAUUAUGGCUUUAGGAAAGCUUAUGACAAAGCUUGGUGGAAAGGUCACUGAACCAGUGUAUCUUAAGGCAAAACAAUUCUUAAAAGGGGCCUUUCUCCGCUUUGCGGGCGCUGGAUUGUUUAACCGAACAGUACAGGAUUCUGGUAACCGGGAUGUAGACCUCUUCUAUAUACUUCGCACUAUAAUUGAUCCCGAAGAUGUUGUUCCUGACGAAGACAUGAGAGAGGUUAUAUAUCUUCGUGAUCAGCCAGUUCGUGAUGUUUUGGAUAAACUGAUGAAACAGCAAAUGGAAAGAAGUUCGUUUUCAACGGUAUUGUAUAAUAUGUGUCGAUACGUUGAAACCGUUCAUUCACACCCAUACUCGGAGACCAUAUUAAAUGAUUACGCGGGAUUUCUCACAACACUUGUUAAGCACACUUCUGGGUGGAGGCGCUCAGAGUGGAACAUUAACCCUGUUCUUACAAUGUCUGCAAUAUUUCUUAAAGAACAUCCUUAUCAUUUUUCGAUUUUGCUUGCGCCCAUCCAGAUCUUAUUCAAGCAUGGAAUUGCACAUUGUGAUUUAGAGGCUGAGAGCGUUGUUAAACUCAUGGCAGCUUAUUCUGCUAUUUCUUCCAUUCCUGGCACACAGCCACAGAAUGUAUUUGCAGAAACGAUAAUUGAAGAAGUUAAAGCAGGAAUGAACAAUCGGCUUAGACUCAAUAGAACCACAUUAAUGACCUUGUUACAGCUUAUUUUGUGGGAUAACGACAAAGAAGGAAAAACUUGGUACACCUCUAUAGAAAAUGAAUUUUUAGGAGAAAUGGCUCAUGGGCGACAACGGAACCACUACUUUAAGGACAAGCUGCCAUUUAUCUUGGACCCUGUCGUGAACUUUAUAAAAUCACAGGUUGUGGUUUCUCCAUUUACAGAAAAUGAUUUCCGAACCUACAAUACAGCAUCUCAAAUAUUAGUUCUCUUGUGCAGAGAGGAUCGGAAGUAUCUCAGUCGAGCACUUGCAUUACAAAGGCUUGAUGAAACCCGGUAUUGCUUAAGGUUCCUCACUUGGUUUAUCCUUGCUUUAUUAUCUGACGGGGCAGAUGAAUGCCUCAAAGGGAUUCUCGAGUUUGAGGAUGUGUUUACCGACCUCUUAACCCAAACUUUAAACUCUGUUCAAGCUGCACUUGAUAGUACAGAAGCAAAUUUUGCAGAUAGUACAUCAAGCGAAGCACUGGCACUUUGUUUUCUUGUUCUCAAGAGCUGGCUUCUUUUAAGAUCACGCUCAAACAAUGUAUGUGUUAAUGUUGACGAAAAAGAGCAUGUUCAAUCAGACCCGUUGAUGUUGUGGAUGUCUGUUUGGCCAGCAUUGCGCCGGAUCCUGUAUGGUAUUGAAUCCUCAACCUUGUUUGUGCCCGGAAACUAUGGAUUGUCGAUAUGGUCUAUGUUCCUUUCCUUGUUACAAUUUCUUUUUGGGUGUCAUAGUAGCAUUGUUCUGAUUAAUGCCAACGAAUGGAGCAGUUUAUUGGAUACCCUUGUUACUCAGUUAUCGGUUACAAACGGAAUCGAUGAGCUGAUGAGUAGUUCCGUCGAAGAGACAUCCCCUCUCUAUGAAUUUAAAGGCAGAGUAACAAAAGUGCGCCAGAUGUUUGACGUUCCUCCUAUUGAGGUUCCUGCUGAUAUGUUAAUCGACCAAUUAUACCUUGUACUGCGUUCUGUUAUGCAAUCACAAGCCGAUAACCUUGCCUUUCCUGGUGCUACCAGAGUUAUGACAACAGCAAUGGGGUUGCCACAAUAA